AGGGAUUCAUCUUGUCGCGAUAUAUUUCUGCUUGGGUGUAGUCUGCUCUAUCUGACCCGGAAGUAAUACCAGUCUGACAGUCUGCAGGAGGAACCAGCCUCUAGUUCCUUUAAUGUUAAUGCAUGUUUUAGGGCGUGCCUGGGUCCAGUAUUAUAGAUGUUUAGUUGUAUUUAUGCAGGACUUUGACUAUCAGUGUUAACAGGAAUCUGACAGUGUGGAGACAUGGUGGGCUACGACCCCGGGGCUCAAGGUGUAGCCCUCGCCCCAGAGGAGGCAGCCCUGGCUGGGUCAGCUGCUGGGAUGGUCACCCGGGCCCUCAUCAGCCCCCUUGAUGUGCUGAAAAUCAGGUUUCAGCUGCAGAUUGAGAGUGUGUCUUCACAGAGGCCCGAGGGGAAGUACCGGGGAUUAUUUCAGGCGUCCCGGUGCAUUUAUUCAGAGGAGGGACUCUCUGCUUUCUGGAAGGGCCAUGUUCCUGCACAGCUCCUCUCUAUCUGCUACGGGGCUGUCCAGUUUGCCAGUUUUGAGUUUCUGACGGAGGCGGUGCACAAGUCAACGCUGUACGACAGCCAGACGGCAGGAGUUCACUUCAUGUGUGGUGGCUUGGCUGCCUGCUCUGCCACGGUGGUCUGCCAGCCUCUGGACACACUGCGGACACGCUUUGCAGCUCAAGGAGAAACCAAGGUAUACAGGAACCUGCGUCAUGCCGUGUCCACGAUGUGGCGCUCGGAGGGCGUGCUGACAUUUUACCGCGGCCUGACUCCAACACUUAUAGCGGUGUUUCCUUACGCUGGGCUGCAGUUCUUCUUCUACAACGUCUUUAAGAAACUGACGGCUCCACCACCCAAAGCUGGAAACUCAGGAGGAAACCUGAGGAGCCUGGUCUGUGGCAGCGGAGCCGGAAUGCUCAGCAAAACGAUGACGUACCCGUUUGACCUUUUCAAGAAGAGGCUGCAGGUGGGGGGCUUUGAGGCAGCCAGAGCUCACUUUGGACAGGUGCGGAGUUAUACAGGCCUGGUGGACUGCAUGGUUCAAAUAGCCAAAGAGGAGGGCGUCCGAGGCUUCUUCAAAGGCCUCUCACCCAGCCUCGUGAAGGCUGCGCUGUCGACCGGCUUCAUCUUUUUUUGGUAUGAAGUUUUCCUCAAUGCCAUGCGUAACCUCAAGGAGAGCCGGAGAACAAACAGCCUCACCAAAGAGGAAAGAUAGUGAAGGGAAGAAAAUGGCUCAAUCACGCACAUCAGAAAUAGACUCCUGCCUACUUCUCUUCUUCUUCUUCUCCCUUAACUCAUCUAUCAGCUGGCUCCACGUUCGGUGGAGGUUUUUAUUGUGUUUACAUGGAAGGAUGGGAAAACAUAACCUCAUUUUAUUUGUUUCUGUGCUGUUAUUACACCUUAUGUUGUACAAGCAUUGUAUUUUGUUAUGUAUUAAAUGUUUUAGGGGUUUCUAAAGGGGUAUGGAUGCUUGCUUUUAAAAGAUAAACGUCAUUGACUGAACUUUGCACAUUAUAAGCUCUGACUUGUAUUCAUAACUUUGCCAUUGUUGACUCACAUGUUCUUGAUAUGAAGUCGUUAAAUUGGAAGAGGAAUAUUCAGCAAAGUUUGCUUUGAUUGUUUGGUCAUAUGUGUUUAGACAAAAAACAUGAACACUGUAAUAUUUAUUUUUAUUAUGUGGUGUGAUGGGAAAAAACAGCAGCUGCUGCCAAGAGUUUAGUGUUAGUUUGUCCUGCUAAGUCAAACUCUUUAAAGUGGCUGUCCAACACUUCAGGUCAUUAUUUUUCAAAUAAAAGUUUUUUAUAAA